AGUUGGACACUUUCGAAAACGAAUUGAAACUCGGGUCUCAAGGUUGCGAAACGCUAACAAUCUAAUAGAUUGGAGAAAUGUAAUAGUUAUCAGCCGUAAAUCUACUCAGGCGCACGCUUCCGCGAGUUUUGCGAUAGUGCGCGAACUCGUACUGGCCGUUCCGUAAAGAUAAUAGAUCAGUUUCAUAUAUUCUCUGAUAAAAACAGUGAAGUUUUAGUGAAAUGUCUUCGCUAGUGGACGAUGUUUGUGAUCUUUUGGACAGUUACAAUGGGAGAGACAAGGUGGUCCGUCUAGCUUGUUAUGCAUGCAAACUAUAUGGAUGUGUACAAGAUGAGAAGCCAUGGCAGUCUGCCGGCUCUCGGCUGUCCAAUGCCAGGAUGAUGCUGCGACUCUUCGAUGAUAUCCCCAUGAUCAGACACACAUACAACUAUGGUUUAGGAAAACAUGAAACUACAAGAGCAGCAGCAAUACUAGGAGUUGUAGCCAACAUGGUAGACCAGGCAUUCCUACCCGUGGAGAAGGCAUGCUGGCUCUAUGAUGUGGGCAUCCUUAAGCUGUCAGACGACACUGCUUACAAACUAGAGACAGUCAGCACUAUGUUGUGGGCUGCUAGUCUGCUUAUAUCACUUGUACAAACAUCAAGCUCAAUAAGAAAACUAUGGUGGAGUCGGGAUUGUUUACAAAAAGCGUCAGAAAAUGGCGGAGCUGAUGCCAAGAAACACUUAGACGUCAGACUUAUGUUGGAGAGCAUAGUAGCAGGGAAACUAUGUCUGGACAUCACCCAUGCUAUCAGCUGCUUGCCCGAAGGCUGGCUUUGGGGAGAAAAGAUUGGAUCGACGAAAGUAGCGGCCAUAGCAACUACAUCGUCCGUCAUAGGUAUUGCUAUGUACUUCGCGAAGAAACGACUAUUAAAAUAAGACAUAUUUGAAUUUUGAAGGCGAAAAUGUGACUACAUGUCGUUGGUGGUAACGUCCUUAUUACGUGUAUAAUAAAGGCGAUUUUCGAGUGUUACCAUCAACAUGCAGCUGUCGAUGAAAUUGGACUGUAUUAAGGUUUGCAGGAACAACCUAUUUGUAAAUACUGUAUAUUUUGCCUUUAUUUAAAUUUAAAUUUUUGCAAGUUACUUGUGAAGAUACCUAAUAAUUAUGUUUAAGUACUGUG